AUGAAGUUUUUCCUUUCGUCCCUGCGCGCGUCCAAGCUCGCAGUCCAAAGCCAGGGCGGGUGCUUUGGCAGCUCCAUGACUCCGACUCGGACUCCCCCUCUCUCUCAGUCUGCUUCGCAGCUGCCGUCACGUUGCAUGGCCACAUGGAGCUCCACUCUGGCGCUUGCGUUGAUGUCGAGACGAUGCCGGCCAAAGCCACGGUUGGGGCUGCGCUGCGUUGCGCAGAAGGUCCUGGAAGUGCUGGAAUCCCUGGAGGACAUCCCCAGCCCCCACUUCGUGUCGGGGGAAGACACCAAGUCUGGUGUAAUUGUGAAGGGCUCUGAUUCAGAGCCUCUAAGCUGGCCCAUGGACGUGGAACCAUUGCUGGAGGUCUGCACACAGGCUCAAUGCGGCCGGGGCUCAGAGACGGUCACGGAUCUUUCCGUGCGCAGCGUCAUGGAAACUCAGAGGGUGAAGGUGGAGUGGCCCGAGCUGCCCGAAGUCUUGAACGAGGUGGAGAGGAAGUUGCUUCCUGACACUAUCCUCCGUGCAGAGUUUGACAAGCUUCUGGUAUACAGACCCGGGGAUUUCUUCAAGGGCCACAGGGACUCAAAGCGCUCGGACAACCAUGUGGCUACGCUCAUCGCCAUCGCGGGCUGUCCCCACAAAGGCGGAGCG